AUGAAGUUCAACACCCCCCUUCUCAACCUCCUCAGCAUAAGCGCCAUCCUCAUCCCCGAUGCCUCCGCCCACAAAGACAAGAAGAAAGCCGCCGCAGAACUCGAGAAAGACAUGACGGCGCACACCCUGGAGGCCAAGGCCGUGAACUACAUGGUCUUUGUCGAGCCUCUCUGGCAUUUCAUGGACAUGUGGCAUGAUCAUGAGGCCUUAUACGGUGUUACGGGUCUGGACUGGCAAGCCCGCAAGAAGAUCGACAAGAACUUCAAGGAGGACAUGUACGAUCAAUGCAGGAAGGAAAAGCACAAACAUUUAUGCCGUAUCGGUGCGAAGAUCUACUAUGCCGGUGUGAGGGUUAUGGGGAGGAGGGAUUUGGUUGAGCCGGAGAAGAUUGUGAUGCAUGCGACUGGAAUCGCCAACGCUACCGCCGAGGAUACUGCUGCCAUCGCUGCCAUUACCGUCGACUCGCAUGCUGAUAUCAGUGUUGAAGAGAGGGCUCAGAAGGUGUUUGAGGCUUGGAUUGCGGAGCUGCGUGCGCAUCCCGAGGUGCUGAUGGAGAUGACCGAGAGGGACUUGGAGAAUGUGGAGAUGGCGCUUGAUGAGGGGAUCGAGGACAUCGAGAAAGGUGAUGAGGUACAGGAAGAGAUGGCUGCUGUUUUUCUCUGA